AUGGAUUCUCUCAAAGAAAAAGCAAAAGGAAAUGGAUUACUACGUGCCUUCGUCGGCGACUCCGUGCGGCCGCCGGUGCAAGCCCAGGCCAGGUCCGCCAUGUCGGCCUUCACCGGCGCGUCUAUCGCCCACGGCUACAAGCGGUGCGCCCACGGGGACAGCGGCUACCACCUGCUCAUGGUCAAUGGCCACUCGCGCACCAAGGAGCUGAUUCCCACCGGUCAGAGCAUUACCGCCAACUCUUUCAAUGUAGGAGGCCAUGAUUGGUUAAUCGAGUACUACCCUAACGGCGAAAACCCGGGCCGCGCCGACUUCAUUUCGCUCUUUCUGAACCUUCUCUACGACGCCGAUGACGACGACGAAGCGCCCGUGGAGGUCAGGUUCAGUUUCAGCCUCGUCGACCAGGUGGAGAAGCAGAUGCCGAUGUACAUUCGUGCAACCAGUGAAACCCGCAACUUCUCCAGCACUACCUCAAUCUGGGGCAAUGACAGGUUUCUCAGAAGAGACGCCCUUGAACACUCGGCGGAUCUCAAGUGCGAUUGUCUCACCAUCCGGUGCGACGUCGUGGUCGUCCGCAGCAGCAGGGUUGAUGAUGAUGAUGAUGAUGCCGGUGGCCACGGCGGCACCAAGGCGCUCCUGCCGGACAUACACCAACAUUUCAACACUCUCCUUCAAAAAAAGGUGGGCGCCGAUGUGGCAUUCCAGGUCGGUGGCGAGGCCUUCACCGCACACCGGUGUGUGCUCGCUGCCCGAUCCAUGGUGUUCAUGGCACAACUCUUUGGCCCCAUGAAGGACGCGUCCAACAGUGUCAUACAGAUCAAAGACAUGGAACCAAAGGUGUUCACCGCUCUGCUUAGCUUCAUCUACACAGACUCCUUCCCUGACAUGUACGAGGACAACAUUAAGUUGAGUGAACUGUGCAAAGAUACGGGACAAGGACAAGAAGAUGAAAUGUCGGAAGCUGUGGGCCAAGGACAAGAUGGGGAAGCGGCAGAGGUUGAAGUGGGGCUGCUGCAAUGGCUGCAAGGCUUGUUUGUGGCGGCAGACCGGUACGAUCUCCAGCGGCUCAAGUUCAUCUGUGUAAAGCAGUUGUCUCAGCGCAUAGGUGUGAGCUCUGUGGCGUCCACUCUUGCUCUAGCCGAGUAG